CUGAGACUACUCAAAUUUAUUGCAGAAACUCCGAAUAGAUUCUCAUUGUCUAUUGUAACUAUAGUUUAUAAUCAUCUGUUCUCAUGUUUUGUCCCACGAGGAGUUGGCCUUCAAAACUCAACCAACGAUUCGGCGUCCACAUAUUUGGAAGAUGACUGGGAGAUACCAUUUGAAUCAAUCUCAAACUUAGACUGGAUUGCUGCAGGCUCGCAGGGUGCAGUAUUUAAGGGCAUUUUGAAUGGCGAGAUGAUUGCUGUGAAGAAAGUGAAGUCGAAACAAGAAACUGAGAUCAAGCAUCUACUUUAUUUGAACCAUGCAAACGUGAUGAAGUUUUAUGGUGUUUGCACUCAGUCACCUUGUUUCUGCCUUUUGAUGGAAUAUUGUGGGAAAGGCCAAUUGUUUCAACUGAUACAGAAUGGAUGCAAAAUUGGCAAAGAGCAGCUGUGUGAGUGGUCUAGACAGAUCGCUGAUGGGAUGAAGUAUCUCCACUCUAAGAAGAUCAUCCAUCGAGAUUUAAAGUCACCAAAUAUUCUUGUCAACGAUCAAUAUGUGCUGAAAAUUUGCGAUUUUGGUAAUUCGCAUAUCUGGGAUAAGCAAAGAAGUACAGUCAUGUCGUUUUGCGGCACAGCGGCGUGGAUGGCUCCUGAGAUCAUAAAGAAAGAACCUUGUUCUGAAAAAGUUGAUAUUUGGAGUUACGGUGUCGUACUCUGGGAGCUUUUGACUACGGAAGCACCAUACAAGGAUGUUGAUUCUAUGGCAAUCAUUUAUGGAGUCGGUUCAAAUAAACUGAGCCUUCCUAUUCCGUCUAUGGCACCAGACGGAAUCAAACUGCUGCUGAAACAGUGCUGGAGUAUCAAACCUGCUAAUCGACCUUCUUUCAGUCAAAUUUUAACUCACGUUGCCGUAUUCAAAGUAAAUUACAGUUUCAUGUGGCAAAUAAUGUUAUGCGUUACACUUGCUGCGGUCAUUCUAGAGCAAAAACUACAGGAGAAGAUGCGCCACGUGCAGGACAUCCGGGAACUGUACAACAAGAAGAUGCGAAGGGCAGACAAGAUGUGUUCCGAGCUGACGACUUGUCUAGAGCAGAUCAAUAUAAAGGAAGAGGUCAUUUUAACUUUCAAUUUUUUCCUCUUCUGCUGCUCUCUCAAGUUUGUUAAUUAUAAAUUACUUAUAACCUCGACCUCAACGAAUACUUCGUCGCUGGAAAGGAGCCUGGAAAUGGCGGCUUUACAUUCAGACGGCUUGUCUGAUAAAGAAAGGAGAGUCCAGGCUGUGAAGAACACUAUUAUGACUCACCGUAGAACCGCCAGUUUAAACUUUGCUGUAAUUCCAGAAUCCCACGAAUAUACCAGUUCUAUGCGAAACAAGUACCGAAAGUGA